ACGACUUUCCCCUCCGAUAUACCAGUGCCAACUGACGAUGGAGCUUGCAAUCACCUCCCAGGCAUGAAAAUGCCACCUCUCUCUCUCCCAGCCACAAAUGACACACGAAUAAAAGUCUCCUCCCUACAAGGUCUAGUGAUCGUCUUCUGCUACCCUCGCACCGGCGCACCCGGAGAAACAAUCCCAGACGAAUGGAACUCCAUCCCAGGAGCCCGAGGCUGCACUCCUCAGGCAUGUUCAUUCAGAGACGCACAGCGGGAGUUUAUGACGGCAGGCGUAAACAAGAUCUUUGGUUUGAGUACGCAAUCAACCUCCUACCAACAAGAAGCAAAGACAAGAUUGAACUUGCCCUACGAGUUGCUCAGUGAUGAGGACUUGGACUUUGUCGAGGCCCUGAGUCUGCCAACCAUCGAUUGGCAAGGCAAGAAACUGACAAAGAGAAUCACUCUUGCUAUCAUAGAUGGAAAGAUUGUCAAAGUGUGGUAUCCCGUGUUCCCGCCUGACCAGUCUGCACAGCAGGUUUUGGAUUGGCUGGCAGAAGAGAAACCCAGCGGGCAGAAGUUUACUGGCAAUCGUCGUUUAUCUGUUACCUAG